CCAGGCCAGGGGCGAGGCCCUGAUCCCAGCCUGCAGCACUGUGUGCAGCCUCAGGGACAGAGAAGCUCAGAAGCCCUCCUGCCUCAGAGCAUGGGGCUGCACCGAAGGGGCGCGCGGCUCGGCGCCAUGGUCUGCGGGGUCCUGCUGCUCCUCGACCCGGGUCACGGCCAGGACUCUGCCAGCCCCAUCCGGAACACGCACAUGGGGCAGGUGCGCGGGAGCCUGGUCCACGUGGAAGGCACCGAUGCGGGCGUCCACACCUUCCUGGGAAUUCCCUUUGCCAAGCCACCUCUGGGGCCACUGCGCUUUGCACCUCCUGAACCUGCUGAAGCUUGGAGUGGAGUGAGGGACGGGACCUCCCACCCAGCCAUGUGUCUGCAGAACUUGGCUACGAUGGGUCAAGAUGAUCUGAAACUGAACUUCAGCCAGCUCUCAAUCCCCAUGUCCGAGGACUGCCUGUACCUCAACAUCUACUCGCCUGCACAUGCCCGUGAGGGCUCUGACCUGCCUGUGAUGGUGUGGAUCCACGGUGGUGGGCUGACUAUGGGCAUGGCUUCCAUGUGCGACAGUACUGCACUGGCAGCAUUUGAGGACGUGGUGGUGGUCAAUAUUCAGUACCGCCUGGGUGUCCUGGGCUUCUUCAGCACUGGAGACCAGCACGCCACCGGCAACUGGGGCUACCUGGACCAAGUGGCCGCGCUGCGCUGGGUCCAGCAGAAUAUCGCCCACUUUGGAGGCAACCCUGGCCGGGUCACCAUUUUUGGCGAGUCUGCAGGUGGCAUGAGUGUGUCCUUGCAUGUGGUGUCACCCAUGUCCCAAGGUCUCUUCCACGGAGCCAUCAUGGAGAGUGGGGUGGCCCUGCUGCCCGGCCUCAUCACCAGCUCAUCGGAGGUGGUCUCCACAGUGGUGGCCAACCUGUCUGGCUGUGGCCAGGUGGACUCUGAGACCCUGGUGCGCUGCUUGCGGGCCAAGAGUGAAGAGGAGAUGCUGGCCAUCACCAAGGCCUUCAAGGUCAUCGCAGGAGUGGUGGACGGGUUCUUCCUGCCCAGACACCCCGAGCAGCUGCUGGCCUCGGCUGAUUUUCAACCUGUCCCCAGCAUCAUUGGUGUCAACAAUGAUGAGUAUGGCUGGGUCCUCCCCAAGCUCCUGUUCGCCACUGACCCUCAAGAGGAGAGAGACCGAGAGGCCAUGAAGGAACUAAUGCAUCAAGCAACAAAACAGCUGAUGCUGCCUCCCGCUUUGGGGGACGUGUUGAUGGACGAGUACAUGGGGAGCAAUGAGGACCCCAAGACCCUCAUGGCCCAGUUCCAGGAGAUGAUGGCAGACGCCAUGUUCGUGAUACCUGCACUCCGAGUAGCACAUUUCCAGCGUUCCCGCGCCCCUGUCUACUUCUACGAGUUCCAGCAUCGACCCAGCUUCACAAAGGACCUCAGGCCGCCCCACGUGAGGGCCGACCACGGCGAUGAGCUGCUCUUUGUCUUCAGAUCGUUUCUCUUUGGCAGCAAAGUGCCCCUCACUGAGGAAGAGGAGCUGCUGAACAGGAGGGUGAUGAAGUACUGGGCCAACUUUGCUCGCAACAGGAACCCCAACGGCGAGGGCCUGCCGCACUGGCCCGUGUUCGACCAGGACGAGCGAUACCUGCAGCUGAACGUGCAGCCUGCAGUGGGCCAGGCCCUGAAGGCCCGCAGGCUCCAGUUCUGGACCCACACCCUGCCCCAGAGGGUCCAGGAGCUCAGGGGCGCUGAGCAGAAGCACACAGAGCUGUAGCUGCCAGUGUGGGGGUGGGGGACAGUGGCUCCAGUUCAGGUGGGGCCCCGAUGCACGCACACACAUCCCCGGAGGAGCCAUGCAUUCAGCACUCCAAGUGGCCACUCACUCCUCUGGCCUCUGUCCACUCAGAAGACCGUUGUGGAGAACCCAUGGCUUGAGGUUUAUUACCAACCUGCUAUGGGGCCCCUUGUGUGAGACUCACUCAGUACAUCCACAAUGGGGCUGUGCUGGACAUCACCAGUGCGAGUCCAGCUUCCUCAACACCUACUGGCCUGGGUCCCUCCCAACAUACUCCACUCUACCCACUUCCCUAUCUUGUCCUCCCAGCCCCAGGCCCUCCCCCACGUAGAGAGAGCUGUGUUGGGGAUUGUUGCCCACCCCUGGGUGUCUUAAGACCCCUCGUCAUCCUCCCAGCAUGCCCUGUGAUCUCACAUCUCUUAAUGGCCACAGAGGACCCAGACACCAGGAGUCACCGUGGCUUCAUCCUUGGGUGGCUGUCAUGCACGGUGCCCUCAUCCCAUCCACGCAGCACAAAUAAAGGGUUCCAGUCCUUUCAACUGA